AUGUGUGAACCCACCGAAGAUGAGAUACCUUCGUACCCACCUCCUUCGUACCAGGAGUCUGUUCCCGGCCUCAGCGGAGUAGAGGCGGGAUUACGUAGCAUCCAAGCGCAAUCCGAUUAUAGGAACUUGAGGGAUAGCAUCAACCGUCAACUUGAAGCUCCCUCUCCCCCACUUGGGCUUCCUCGGCCUACUUCUCAAUGUAGAUUCAUAGGAUAUGCAAGACAGCUUCCGUUCGGAGUGAUUCCUACAAGGUACUAUGAUACUCCUAUUGAAGUUGAACAACCACCACUGAGUAUAGGAAGUUUAUACAAUCGCAGCCUCGGCCCAGUAGGGUAUCUAUCAUUUUUGAACCAACUCGAUCAAAGGAUUCCGUACAUAUCGAAUCCGAAUUUUACCAAGCCUAUAACGAAAGGGACUAUUCGUCCCAAUACCGAUCUCAGCGUGAAUAGUGAAUAUCGUCGAAGAAAUCCAGAAUUGACACUGCCAGAAGGAAUGGUCGAUAAUGUUACGUCUAGAUUUCUGACCUUACCUGGAUUCGCAUUUGAUGGAGAUUACACCUUCCAGAGUGCUUUCUUACAAUACCCUGAUGAUGGUGAGAUGAACAAGAAAAAGACGGUUCAUAUGAAUUUGAAUCAUGCUGCAACUUGGAAAGUCCGAGAUCAGCUGAUUGAAAACGAUUCCGAGGGGGAGUUGAAAGAUUUGUAUGAGAAGAUCAUAAAGGACGAUGAGAUAAGUGAAUUUGGAGGAAUAAGUUUAAUCCUUCAUCCACCUUCCAUUCCACCUUCUCAAUGGCCCACGAGAAAUCAAAAGAUGUUAGAAGAACAAGAUUCGAAAGGAAACGAUGUUCCUAGAUCUAGAUUGACGGGAAUGCAAUUCUAUGGUGAAUUGACAAUGGAUAAUCCAUUGAGGUAUGCAGUUGACACUAAGAUAUCGUCCGGAAGCGGAAAGGAAGACAGGAAUUUCAAGAUUACUUUAGAUUCCGAAAAGACUUUUCUGAUCAAUGGUGCACGUGAAGAUGGAGAAGCAUGGAGGGAUCUACAUAAACUGUUUAAUCAUCCUCAUGGAAUUGAGGUGAAAGUGGGAUCGACGGUCACUUUGAGACCCAGUAUGACAUAUCACUCGGUGAACCACCACGAAGACUGGAAUGAUGGUGAUGUUUCUACCAUGAGUGAAAGUGUGCUGGACAAGGAACCAAGUCGCGAAAUAGAACAAGUGCCACGGGGUUUGACUUCGGUUUCUGAAAGUAAUGUUGAAGGGGAUAAUGAGGUGAAUAGCAAUGGAUAUGUCUCUCCUGGACAAGAUGUUUCCGUUUCAGCUGCUACAGAUAUCGCUACAGGUGUGGGAACAGAUGACGAUACAACUGUUGAUCGUCAGCCUACUACCGGCUCGAGCGCGAGUGCUGAGAAUAGAGGUAAAGCCCCCGUUCGAUCAUCCACCAGACCAUCUUCCGGCAGAUCUAAGAAAUGCUGGACCAGACAUAGGAAGAAGUAA